UGACACAAGCUUCGGAUCACGUGGUGGAGCUCAAGUGAGAGCAAAAGCCGCUGAGUGACGUUAUUGGGCCGGUCGUGUCACGUGAGCAGGAACCAGCUGUGUCAGGGGAGAGGGUCACGUGACGCUGUCCCUAUUUGCGCCGCCUGCUCAGCCCGCGCUCACUCACACCGUGUCAGGUCCCAGAGGAGCGAUUGGCUGCAAAUUCUCCAUUGGCUGCCACCUAGAGGCCAAGCAGGGUAUUUCUCCCUCUGAGAGUUCUCCGGCAUCUCGGAUCAGCCUGACUCCCACUUACAAACAUGUCGUAUGGGUCACUGGAUGGCAGUGGAUUUGGAAGCAGAAACCCUUUCAGUGGACCCUCUACACAAGGAUACCAGCCUCUAGCGACCCAGAUUGAUCAGAAUGAACUGCAGGAACUUUUCCAGAUCACUUCCGGUGACAUUUAUCGGAUAAACGUUAAUGUACAGUCUUUGGAGAGAAUCCUUCGUUCCCUGGGGACUGCUAGUGACACACAGGAGCUGAGGGAUCGCCUCCAUUCCACUCAGCAAGAAACCAAUAACACUAUCACUUCCAGCACCAAAUCCAUUCGCCAACUGUCCGAGUUUGUUCGGGGGUCGUCUCGGGAUCGUCUUCAGCUUGAUAGAAUAAAAAGCCAGUUAUCCGAUAUCAUCCAGCGCUACGGAGUCGUGCAGAAGAAAAUUGCAGACAAGUCCAAAUCGCUGCUGAGUGCCGAGCAGAAGAAUAUAAAGCAGAGCCCCCGGACUCCUUUUUCAGACCUUGCAGAUGAUGAAAAGAUUUUUAACGGUGGAGAUGAAGAGUGGCAGAGCCAGAAGCAAACCCAGGAUUUGACUGAGUUCAGUGAAGAGGAUCUUGAUCAAAUCCGUCAAAAGGAAGAAGCCGUAAAACAGAUUGAGAGUGAUAUGAUUGAUGUGAACCAGAUUAUGAAGGACUUGGCAUCUAUUGUCUAUGAGCAAGGAGAUACCAUAGACAGCAUUGAAGCCAAUAUAGAGACUGCUUCUUCUAAUGUGGAGUCUGCCAAUCGCCAGUUGGCAAAAGCCAGUCAGCACCAAAGGCGCAACCUUAGAAUGGCCUGUGCACCCAGGAAGAGGAAGGAGAAGUUCUCUCCUCUUGAGCUUGAAAUUUUGGUGGCCGAAGUGACCAAGAAUCAUUCGAGAUUGUACGGAAGCGAGCGAGUCAACUUGAGCCAGCCGGCAAGGGAGAGAAUCUGGUUGGAGAUUGCCAAGAAGAUCAACACCGUAGCCCGGUCACCCAGAACCACCAGAGACCUGAGGAGACGAUGGGACGACAUGAAGAGACGGACCAAGGAAAAGCUGGCGAUAAUAAGGCGCACUGUGGUGACCACUAAUAGAAGGUGCAGCCCCUCGAGUCUGCAAAAUGACACAAACAGUGAUAUUUAUCCCGGGUUUGGUGGCGACGAAGAGGAUGAAGAUCAUGAUGAAAUUGAUGUGGACACUGAUGCCCCACUCAUUGCCCUAGAGCUCCAGUCAGAUGAGGAGGAAAAUGGUCCUGGGUGCACAUGGGUGCCACUUAAAACUAUAGAAAUGCCAGUGACGACUGAGCCGGAAAUGUCCGACCAUCCGGUGAUCAUACAGACUUCUGCUUCUUCUCCUUCACCCCCAUCCUCUCCUCAUGCUCAUCUGAAAUCCACCUUCAUGAGUCGCCUGGCCCAGUCCACUCAGCAUCCGAGGAGAAAACACGACGUCUCCGAAUUCGAAAAGCAGUUGAUGGAGAGUCAAUUGCAACAAAACAGCCUUUUAUCUUCUUGGUACCAACAACAAAGCUCCCUAUUGGUCCAACAGAACCUCAUCCUGGAGAACCUUGUAGAACAGAGCAGACGCUUGGCAGACAAUGUAGAGAUGCUGAACCAAACCUUGGAAAAGAUGGCGGACAAUAACCACUUCCACAGGGAGACGGUCCAUUAUGUGCAGGAACGUACUAAGGGUUCAUCUUCCCGUGUGCCUCCCCGAAUGCCUACUGGGGAGUCAGGGGGACAAGCUGGUAUAGAAGUCUUCUCUGGGAUGAUCCUCAAAGUUGAAGAGGAGAUGUAAAGACAUUUUAUUUUCCUGAUAACUUUAAUGACUUCGAAUUGAGAACUUUUUUUUUUAUAUCGAUGGGCAAAUAUAUCUAUAAAUUCUCCCCCACCCCAAGUUCUUCUACUAGGUAGUUCUACCUAACUCUUGCUCUAGAAGACACUCUCCUUAUAUGAUGCAUAUAUAGAGCCAUUUUUUGUAGGUCGCGAGAGACAUUGUACAAAUUUUCUAUUCGGAUUUAUCGGUUUGUGAGAAAAUAUUU